GUGAAGCCGGGAAGGGAGAGCGGCCCCGGGCGUAGCAGGAGAGCCCCUGGUCGGAGCGCUCGCCGGGCUGAAGCCGUCUUGCGGGAACUUUGCCCGCCGGCGGGAGGAUGCUGGAGGGCGGCUGCACGCCGGUGAAGGAAGGCGUGCUGGAGAAGCGGAGCGACGGCUUGCUGCAGCUGUGGAAGAAGAAGCGCUGCAUCCUCACCGAGGAGGGGCUGCUGCUCAUCCCGCCCAAGCCGCCCCAGCAGCAGGAGCCGCCGGUGGUGCUGUCGGCGGCGGCGGCCCCGCCGGGCGUGGAGGCGGCGGCGGCCAAGAUCAAGGAGCUGCCCUUCUCCACCAUGAAGACGGUGGACUGCGUGGAGCGGAAGGGAAAGUACGUCUACUUCACGGUGGUGAUGGCCGAGGGCAAGGAGAUCGACUUUCGGUGCCCGCAGGAGCAGGGCUGGAACGCCGAGAUCACGCUGCAGCUGGUGCAGUACAAGAACCGCCAGGCCAUCCUGGCCGUCAAGUCCACCCGGCAGAAGCAGCAGCACCUCGUCCAGCAGCACGGGCCCCGCCUCCGCAGCGCCUCCAACUCCGCCUAGCCCGGCUCCGGCCGGCCGCCCCUCGCCCCGGCCGCCUUCAGGUUGAAUCCAAAAGGCACCUGCAAGCAAGGUGGACCCUUUAUCGGUUGGUCACAGACUUGACAAAUGAAAGGAGCACGGUGACACGGGAGAGCAUCAGUUCAACCACCGGAGUCUUCCUGUUUUUGGUACAGUUCAUCGCUGCUCUGGGAAAGCAUUUCAACUCCUUUAGGUUAUUACUGCUACUCAUGAGGAUUAUUUGACUUGCUGGGCCCCAAAGGACGCACACUGCACUGUCAUUUUUAUUC